CCCCGCGCAUACGAUGAGCCCCAAGCAACCAAAACUUGGCCAGCGUGUUGAGGUAACGGGUAAAAAUCUCCAGGGCCGUGUGGCCUAUGUGGGACGAACGAAUUUCGCUGCCGGUCUGUGGUUUGGUGUGAUAUUGGACGAGCCGCUGGGCAAGAACAAUGGCACCCUUCAAGGCAGCACCUACUUCAAGUGUUCCCGCAAUUGUGGUCUGUUCGUGCGUGGCCAGCAGCUGCUGAGGAUUGGGGAGCAACCGAAAGAGCCAGAUAAUCAGAGAACCGAUGAAAUGCAACGCAACGAGGGGGUGGUGAGAGCCAAGCUGUUGCGCAGGAGUGUGGGCAGCUCUGUGGAGGAGCAGGACAACCAGCGAGAGCAGCUGGCAUCCACAACAUCUGGCAAAGUUAAAGCCCAUUCUAAUCCUCAAAGUAACUCCAACUCAGCCUCGCCUCAGCACAGGCCAAAGGUGGCUUCAGGACAAACCAAAAAGGACCAGGCGCUGGCCAAGACAUCGGGCAAGUUCUUGGCAGCACAACAGCAACCAUUGCAACUUCCCAAGAAUCAGAUGGAGAACCAGGAGGAGGAGAAAAAGCCAGCAGCAACAGCAGAGCUGCUGCCAGAGAAGUCCAGAGAGCUGGAGCCAGCAGUUAGUCAGCCAGUGCCAGACGAGGAGAAAGUAAAGCCUGUAGGAGGUGAACCGAAACCUACCCAGGAAGUGCAGCCAGCCUCCAAUCCGCUGCAAACCAGCACGCUUGGUCAGUUGCCAUUGCAGAAGGGCGACAGCGCAGCCGUUCAAUUGACGCCGCCGGCCAUGACCUGCAACCAGCGGCGUUCCACAUCGUACACCCAACUGAGACCCACUAGGAUCAGUCAGCCCAAGCCGACAACAGCUCAGGCACAGAGCUCCACAGCGCAGCUGACCCUCGCCAUGCCAGUGCCCCUGGCUCUGGCGCCGAAGCGCAGCAAGACAAGCAUCUGUCCCACGAGCUCUGUGAAGCGAGGGGCGCCUUCUGCCUUUGUGGAGCCCGGCUUUCUGGAGAUACUGCGACCACAGUUUAUCCCGGGUCCGGCAUUUCGGACGCCCAGCACAAUGGCACUGCCGCCGCCGCCACAGCCGCCGCCUGUGGACAAUCCGGAGCUGCGACAGCUGCGCGAGGAACUGCAGCUGUUGAGGGGACAAAAGAGCGAGGACAAGUUGAGGCUGCUCGAACUGGAGCGGACGCGCAUACAGAACGAACAGCUGUUGGAGUUCAAGGCUCAGAUUAUGGCGCAGCAUGUGCUGCUCCAACGAGAGCUGCAGCGAUCGCGUCAUGAGCUGCGCGAGACGCAGGACACGGUCUCCAAGUACAAGCGGGAACUGGACGAGGUGGCCGAGAGCAUAGAGCUGCUGACGCUGGACAAAGAGAUGGCCGAGGAGCGCAUGGAAACGCUGCAAAUGGAGCUGGAGAUGGCGCAGGAGCGCAACGACGAACUGAAUCUGGACGUGGAGAUCCUCAAGGCGGAGCAGGACGAGCAUCAGGGUCAGCGCAUCGAGAAGACUGAGAAACAGACGGCAGUCGGCGCAACUGCCCAGUCCGCAGGCGAAUUCCUGCGUCUGGAGCAAUACAAUCAGCGGCUGCGCGAGACUGUGGUGCGGCUGAGGGAUACCCUCGCCCAGGAGAAGCAGCAGGCGCAGCGAUCGCACAAGGAACUGGAGACAAAGCACUCGGAAAUAAACGAGCUGAAGAGCAUCAAGGAGCUGCUGAGUCGACGCGUCGACCACAUGGAGGUACAGCUUAUGGACCUGAAGGAGCAGGUGGAUGCCUCUCUGGGUGCCGAGUCCAUGGUCACACAAUUGGCCAGCCUCAAGCUGGAGCUGGAAGAUCGUGUCAAGCUGCUGGAGGAUGAAGUCAACGAGCUCGAGGCCCUCGAACAGAUCCAGGAGCAGCUCAUCGAAAGCAACCAGGAACUGGAGACGGAUCUGCGCGAGGAAAUCGACAAGCUGGGCGGUCAGGUGAAGAUUCUCGACCAGCAAAAGCACGCCGCCAUGGAGAGCCUCUACGAUCGCGAUGUGACCAUUAUGAAGUUCCGAGAUCUGGUCCGACAGCUCCAGGAACAGCUACAACUGAGGGCCGACGGCACGCUGUCCAUCGAGGACUUUAGCAGCGCCAACGAGUCGCAGCAGGAGGAGGGCUCGAAUCAGAGCCAAAACGACUACCAGCACAUCUUCAGCGUGAGCAAGGCCUACGGACGGGCACUCGAGCAGCAGCUGAAGGCCGUGGAGUUGCGUUUGCAGGGUCAGCACUUGGAUCACGUCCUGGCCUUUGUGCCCGAACAGUUUCUACUGCGUGGCGGGGAGCAUGAUGUCGUGCUGGUCAUGCUGCUGCUGGAGCGAAUGAACGAGAAGCUGACCAUCGUCUGCCAGGCGAUCAAUGAGAAGUUUCCCACGGCCUGUGAGUUUGGUCGCGAUGCCAUCUUCGAGGGCUACUCUGUUCAGCGUUUCAUCUUCCGCUCGCAGAGCAUCUACCUGCUGAAGAGCCUUCAGGUGGUGCUGCAGCAGUUCCGCCACGGGCUCAACCAUUGCGACUAUGAGCUAUGCACCCAUGCGGCCAUCUACCGCAGUGACUUGGAGACGCAGGAGCAGCAGCUGGACGAGUUUGUGCGGCUCCUGAAGACGGGCCAACUGGAUGAGCACACCAAGUGCGAGCCCAUACAGCGAGUGCUGCACUAUGUGAAUGCGCUGCAUCAGAACUUGAUGCCGCCGCAGGCUCUGGUGGAGCUGCUGGACGAACAGCAGCUGUAUGCGGCACUGAUUGAGGUGUACGAGGCGGGGCUGGAUGCGGUGAAUGCGAAUGCGGGACUGAUGCACACGAUCAUCCAGCUGGGGCACGAGCAGACCGCCUCGUUCCAGUGCAUGCAGCUGCUGAUGGAGCAGAGUUGCAGCCAAAAGCAAAAGCUGAAGAAGCUGCAGCGGAAGCUGAGUGGCAGCAAGACGGCCGCCUGGACGGGCAUGCAGUGUGCGCGGUAUCAGCGCAUUUUGGAGGCGAACGAGGCUCUCGGCGCACUGAUCACCAUACUGGGGGCGACAGCGCGCGAGGCCAGCAAGGAGUCGAAUGGGGGAAUAGCCCACGAGAAGCUCUGGCGGAUGCUGGUGCUCAACUACAAUAGGUUUGCCCCCACUCAGGAGGCAGACGAGCUGAAGGAAGUGGAUGCCUACAGUCAGCGUUGCAUGCAACUGCUGGAGGAGCAGCUGGACGAGCUCUGUGCCCUGCUAGAGUCCACGGAUGUGAACACGGAGUAUGUGCGUCACCCGGCCACCAAUACGCUGCAGGAGCGAGCCGCCCAGGUGAAGCGCCACUACGAGGAUGUCAAGAGCUUCGAGCUGACGGUGGGGGAGCGCGACAAGGAGAUCAAGGCCCUCAAGUACACGGCCAAGCUGAAGCAGCAGGACUACUCGGAGCUGCAGAUACGCAAGGAGAUGGCCGAGAAGCAGCUGAGCAAGCAGUGCCAACUGCUCACUGGCAUAGCCGAGGCCGCCGAACAGUUGGAUCAGUGCAUGAUGUCGAAAGAGGCGGCCCUCAAUCAGACCAUCAAUAUGCUGACCGAAAAGAUUGCGACCCUGGAGCAGGCCCAGCAGCACUGGCGGGAACAGCAGCAGGUGGACACUGCCUGUGUGACGAGCUGCACUCUGAGCAGCAACCGGGAACUUAACAUGCUGCAUCGUGCUCUGCGGCAGGAGCGGCAGCUGCGGGUGCAACUUCAAGGCAGUGAAAUGCGCAAGACUUUUGCCUCACUGGAGCCGUUGCAUGUGCCUCAGGCGAGCAGCAGCAGCAGCAGCAGCCAGCUGAUGAUCCUAGAGAAGGAUCUGCGCUCGUUGAAGAAUCAGUGGCUGUUGGCGCAUCUCGAGCUGGGUCCCAACGGCAGCCGGAGGCGCAGUGAAAUCGAACAACAGGGCAGCCGCAUUCUGCGACAAAUCUUCCAGACAUAUUGCACGCAGCAUCCCCAUCGGGCCAAGGAUACGGACUUUGGACUGUUCAUUAGCGAGGAUAUGCGUCGAGCAUUUGGGCCCAGUUUCUAAACACACACAAAAAUACGCAAACAAACAAACAGACAAACAAACAAACAAACAAACAAACAAACAGACUCUAGUAUUCCAAUUCAGUUUCGAGCAUAAAAAAGGUACAUGUGAUUUGCUGCUUAUAUAUACAAAAA